AUGGUGGCACCACCACCUCUCGCCACCGUGCCACCUACCGGACCCGCGACCGAAUCUAGCAACCUCCGUGGCACCGCCGCCGAACAUGGUGGAACCUCCCAUCAAGGUGGGCUUGUUACCACCACCGACUUAGGCCCGGUCUUGGAGCAACUUCAAGCGUUCCCUCCAUUGCCUCCACGCUCGACACACGCUCUCGCGUACACCUCCAGUGAAACCCUAGCCCGUGUGCAAUUGGGCUCCACACGCUUCUCUCCUCCCGAUCCACAAAGUCAAGCAGAUCUCAACCUGAGAGUUGACCAGCUAGCUUAG